GUAGACCUCCAUGAGGAGCAGCCCCUGAAUUAAUGUGGCUCUCCCGCCACUCAGCGCUGAUCUCUGAUCAGUUUAGCUUCGUCUACCGGCUCCCUCUGACUGUGUUCAGCUGCUCCCAGACCGUUACUGCUGCCGCUCCUCCCCACAGGAGCAGUUUCGCGGUAAAAUCAAGUGCGGUGAUCCACACAGACAGCAGUUACAAGAACAAGACAGCAAACAGAGCCAUGCCUUCCAACGUGGAAAUCAAAGCCAAAGUGAGCGAUCCUACCAAGUUUGCAGAGAAGGCCGCCCAGCUCAGCCAAUCAGAGGGCACGAUCAUCAGACAGCAUGACACAUUCUUCAACUGCAGCCAGGGCCGACUGAAGCUACGAGACUUCAUGAAUAAAUCAGGCCAGCUGAUUUUCUACGAGCGCCCUGACACUGAUGGACCCAAACUGUCCCGAUACUCCAUCAGCCCGACCAACGACCCGCCCAGUCUGAGGGCCGUGCUGUCAGACGCUCUUGGAGUCAAAGGUGAGGUGAAAAAGGAGCGACGACUGUUCCUGAUUGGUCAGACCAGAGUUCACCUGGACGAAGUUGAAGGACUGGGGAACUACAUGGAGCUGGAGGUUGUGAUGCGUCCAGAGCAAACUGUGGAGGAGGGACAGCAGAUUGCUGAGGAUCUGAUGGAGAAGCUUGGCGUCUCAAAGGAGAGUCUGGUGACUGGAGCGUACAUGGAUCUGAUUCUCAAGGGACAGAAAGAGACAUAAAACAAACGCACAUCUGCAGAAAGAACAGAAAGUAACAGGAAGGUGUUUGGGCAAGAGUUUGAUAAGAGACCAAACAGCAAAGCUGACUUCAAUGCUGAGUUUAGAGAGCUAAAACUUCCCAAUAUAAGCAGAAUAUCCACUAACCAAAACAACCUGUAGCAUUUGCACUAUAGUCAGAUUAUCUGAUUCGUUGUCCGUGUUUAUAGUUUCUAUGAAAUGUCGCUAACUUUCCCUGUAUGUCAGAAAUGAUGUGUCAAAGUCGUUCCUUUUCUAAAUAAACCGUUGUAUC